CGACAGCCGGAGUGGGCGACAGUCAGGGCCGUUUGGUGGGGGAUUUAGGGCUCUUCCUCUCUGUCUUUACUCUCUCUCUCUCUCUCAAACUUAAUAUUUAAAUAUAGUGCAGUGCCGUGCAGUGAAGUGGUCUUGGAACAUGAUGGCAGCAUGCAGGUUUUGGAUAUGUUUUGGAGUUGUAACUAUUCUCAGGACUUCAAUGGUUCAGGUGCAGUGUAAUGAGGAGUCCAAGCUGAUCGGUGACUUGUUCAAAGGCUACAACAAGAAUAUUCGCCCGGUGGUUCAUCCUGAAGACAAGCUGGAAGUUCAGAUCAAGCUUACCCUCACUAACCUUAUCUCCCUGAAUGAAAAGGAGGAGACUCUUACGACUAAUGUGUGGAUUGAGAUUCAAUGGACCGAUUAUCGCCUCUCCUGGAAUGCGUCUAACUAUUACGGCAUUGAUAUUAUUCGUGUCCCAUACAAUAUUGUUUGGCUUCCUGACAUUGUCCUUGAGAACAACAUUGAUGGCAAGUUUGAUGUGGCUUACUACGCCAAUGUGUUGAUCAGCAGCAAUGGUUGGAUGUACUGGUUGCCUCCUGCUAUAUAUCGCAGCACUUGUGCCAUUGAGAUCACCUACUUCCCAUUUGAUUAUCAAAACUGCACGCUAGCAUUCAGGUCCCAGACGUACAGUGCCAAUGAAAUGGACCUCAUCUUGGCUGUUGGAGAAAAAGGCGAGACUAUUGAGUGGGUGGACAUUGACCCUGAGGCUUUCACAGAGAAUGGCGAGUGGGCCAUCGUCCAUCGUCCAGCCAGGAAGAGGAUCAACACACGGUAUUCCCCAGAUGACCUAGAGUAUCAGGAGAUCACAUUCAAUCUGAUCAUCCAAAGGAAACCCCUCUUCUACAUCAUCAACAUCAUCCUGCCCUGCUCCCUGAUCUCCUCGCUAGUUGUGCUGGCCUACUUCCUACCUGCACAAGCCGGGGGACAAAAGUUGACUGUGUCCAUCUCUGUCUUGCUGGCUCAGACUGUCUUUCUCUUUCUUAUUGCUCAGAAGAUCCCUGAGACAUCUCUUUCUGUCCCUCUCAUUGGCAAGUACCUGAUCUUUGUUAUGUCUGUCACUACUCUCAUUGCCACUAAUCAAAUUGUGGUGCUAAACUUCUCCCUGCGCAGCCCCAACACUCAUACCAUGUCCCAUACCAUCAAACAUUUGUUCCUGGAAAUGGUACCCCGCUUCCUUGGCAUGUCCCCACUGGUGGAUGACAGUGAGGUGACAACGGAGGUAAACGGAGUGAGGGAACGACGGCGCAGCUCCUUUGGCCUCAUGCAGAGAGCAGAGGAAUAUGUACUGAAACAACCUCGCAGUGAAAUGAUGUUUGACAAACAAAGAGAGAGGCAUGGUCUCACGCGAUCGAUUGUGGAUAAUAUGGAUGUCAGCAGCACAGCCAACCUGUAUAAGAGUUUGGCUCAAGCUGCGCCCGAGAUCAAGCAAUGCGUGGAUGCCUGCAACUUUAUUGCUGAGAGUACGAAACAACAAAAUAACAUUGGAUCUGAAAUUGAAAGCUGGGUACUGAUUGGGAAGAUGAUCGACAAGGUGUGUUUCUGGGCUGCCAUGCUCCUCUUUAUCAUUGGCACAGUGUGGAUCUUCUUAACAGGACACUUCAACCGGGCGCCUGACUUUCCAUUUCCUGGGCAGAGCAAAAAAUAUGUCCCAAUUUAAAAAAAAAAAAAAAAAAAAAUUUUGCUCUAAAGAAACCUUAGCAAGGGUCACUGUGCCUCAUGCUGUCUAUAAGGCUGAGCAAUCUUGCUCAUUGAGUUCCAGGCUCAGAUUCAAGGUUGAGUUAGCAGGGCUUUUAUAACAGAGAUUUAACAACAAAUCUGUCUGGGUUCAUGUUCACAGCUCAGCCUUAUCUUUGUGAACACUAGUCAGGCAGCUGAGGGUUUUCAUUCAAACUUACAACUUUGUUCUAAGUUCUUCAUCUUAGUGUAAGUUAUUUGGAUGUAUACAUUAAAUGGGUGGAUCAGGUCUAGUUAAAAAUAAAGUGAUGUUUUAAAUCAUCAUCAUCAAUCAUCAAGUACAAUUGGUAUUUGUUUUGUGGUAUAAAAGACAACAGUGUAAGUUUAAACAGGUCCAGACUUCAGGUCGUAAGUGUAUUUGAAGAAAAGUAUCUGAAUGUGAUUCACCACCAUGCCGAGGAAGUUAUUUCUGUUGCAGCGAAGAACUUUCAAAUCAAAACUACAACGGCAUUAUGUACUACAUGGAGCCACAAGCAGUGUGUAGACCUGGAUUCAUAAAAAGCAAUAUAGAAGGUUCCUUAACUGAUAAACUGAUUUUAUUUAUACGUAAUGUGCUAAAGUUGUCAAUCGUUCAUGGGCUCAUAAGAAUUGUGCAUUUAUCACACUGCAAAACAUAUCUGAUAAAGUCUGGAUAAGUUUCCACGCAUUUGCUAUGUCUUAUGUGGAGAACCUGUGCUGUAACUUAAGCCAGCUAACUCUGAAUAAAAAGCUAUUAUUCUAUUCUAUUCUAUUAUUCUUACUAUGACUUAUUUAUUAGAAAUUCUUGUUAAAGGUAGAUGGCUCGAAGGGACAUUGUCUAGAUUCAUUGUGCCAUGUUUUUUAAAAUAAAUAUUUUGUUUUGUGCA